AUGGAUCGGACUCCUCCACCAUAUGAGGAGGUUCCUCAAACUCUCGGAGUCAAGCUGGCGCCCAGGGACACCCAUGAAUCACACCAGCAUCUAUUACCGCCUUCGCCAUCACCAAAUUUGAUGCCUUCGAAACUCGAUGGUACAAGCUUUGACGAUUUCCGUCGCAUGUCGUCAAGUCCAUCGCCAUGCCCUUCACCCAUUCCCAUGAGACGAUUCUCACACAACGGAGCCGAUUCACCAACCGAAAAUCCACAAUCGAAAUGGAAGCAACUCUGGAUAAAGAAUAAGCCCGCUGCUUAUGUAGCGCUAUCUCAAUUCUUCGGGGCUUUGAUGAACCUGAGUGCCCGUUUACUCGAACUCGAAGGCGACGGCAUGCAUCCCGUCCAAGCAUUACUGAUACGACACUCUAUAACGGCCUUGUUCUGCUCAACCUACAUGUGGUGGAGUAAAACGCCAGAUUUCCCAUUUGGAAAGAAAGAAAUUCGAUGGCUGCUGUGGUUGAGGGGAGCGAGUGGUUUCUGGGGUAUUUUUGGCGUCUGGUACUCCAUGAUGUAUAUCUCGCUCGCUGAUGCUACCGUCAUCACGUUCUUGGCACCUGGGGUCGCUGGUAUUAUCUGCUGGUUUGCUCUACGAGAGCCAUUCACUCGAAUUGAACAGCUUGCGACGUUGGUUGCUUUUCUUGGUGUUGUGCUGAUUGCUCGACCUGCUUCUCUGUUCUCACACUCCGGCGAUGAUGAUGACCAUUCCUCAACGACUGACCCGCCAGAGUCUGCAGGCAUGCCCGGCGCUGACCAUGAAGCCACGCCUGAGGAACGUCUGAUUGCUGUAGGGGUAGCUUUAUUGGGUGUUUUUGGCGCAGCGGGUGCAUUUACAACUCUUCGAACUAUCGGAAAACGAGCCCAUCCUCUAAUCUCGGUCAACUAUUUCGGCAUCAUUUCCACCUUUAUUGCACUCUCUAUGCUCAUCUUUGCGCCCAUACUCAAUAUCCAACAACCAGCCCUACGAUGGGUUACCCCAACAACAUUCAAGCAAUGGAUACUCCUUCUCCCACUGGGUGUAUUGGGCUUCAUCAUGCAAUUCCUUCUUACAUCAGGUCUUGGAGCCGACAAAUCGAACCGUGCUAACUCCAUGGUCUACACACACAUGCUCUUUGCUGCGGGCUUCGACCGAUGGGUUUUCGGACAUCGAAUGGGACUUAUGAGUGGUGCAGGAUGCACUCUGAUUCUUGGAAGCGCCAUUGGUGUGGUUAUGCUGAAGAAGCCACCACCGUCCAAGGUGCCAUUGGAUGAUGUUGAGAGACAUGGAAAUCUGGAGGGUGAGUUGGAGGGGUCUCCUAUGCUUUUGCCUGACCCGGGGGUGUCAGAAGAAUUGAGGCUUUCGAGGUAG